AUGGAUACUCGACUUCAAAUCGGGAGUCUUUACUCUCAAAAUCUACGGAACAUAAAAUCAAAUCGGAAAAUUCUCAAACCCUUCUGCUCGAAAACGCCAACGCCGCCGCCGCCGCCGCCCCGGAAAAACGGAGACGGCGACGCUGGCGACAGUAAAGGUAAUAAGUAUUCAAUGGACUGGGACAAGGCUUGGUCGAGCUUCAAAAGGCAAGGAAAAAAGACUUUGUUCUCAAAUUUCUCACCGGACAAAUACGUGAGUUGGAACCCAAAACGUUCCGAGUAUCCAUUGUCAGAAGAAAUCGACCCGAUCAAAAGAACUGAGAGGUCUAAUCUUAUGCUAUGGACCAGCCCACGGUUCACGCUAGCUGGGGCAAUUGUAAUAGUUAGUUUUCUUUUACUCUACACAUUACUAGCCCUGAUUAAGUGA